AUGAGGGGUCGUGAUAAGCUGAUAGGCUGUGCUGGGAGAUGGGGACUCGGACGAGACGGCUUCGAAAUUUCAAUUGCCCUUCUACCACGCUCUCGCGGCCUGUUGAGGCCGGUUCCGCCGCUGAUUGGAGAGGUUUUUGAUGCAAGUAGCCGCUCUGCAUAUGCACAUGCAAGUGCUCUGGCGCACAGCAAGGGCCAUGUCUCUCAAGGAGCUGCAGGGACCGGUGCCGGGAGUGGAGAGCGUGAGCGAUGGGCGAAGAAUAUCGAGAGAGGAGGCAGGGUUCUGGAAGCGGUGAACUCGCGAGAAAUACGUGGGUCACGUACUACCAAUGAUUUUGCAAGACGACGAGUAAGACAAGCGGUUCAUAGAGAAUAUCUCUUGAUUGAGCAGACAGAAACAUGGUGCGAUUUCGACCGACCUGGGUGCGGGCUGGAUAUCAAAGAAAGUCGAGUACGUCCGGAGGGGACGAGAUUGUGGGCUUCUGUUCUUCCAUUUGGAAAACCAUGCUGUCUCGGGGAGCCGCAGGUCACCAGCGCCAUGCCGGGAGGAUCUCCAAUACUUCCGCCCGCAGAUCACGGGAUUUUCUGGGAGACCUUCAGGAAUCAACAUGAGAGCUCAUGCGUCCAUUGUAUCUCCGCGAGGCGAGAUCAGAGUGUAACGCAGGACCGUCAGCAUCCUCAGUCCGAGAAGAAGAUCCCCGGAACGGAAUCUAUCAUGUGCGCCUCAAAACUAUCAGUACUCAGAUAUCCAGAGCUAAGUUUGCUUCCAAUUUCAGGAUCUUCUCAAGGGAUGCUUGAUGACGCAAAAAUCGAGAGAGUCAGAGGUACCAGAUGAGACACGAGGCUCAUCGAGGAUACCAGCUGGAAACCAACGACGGCGAAACCAACUGUGGUUUGUUCAACUUCUUUUUCUCAAUCUCGGAGACUUGCUUAAAUCCAUCCAACGGGAUUUCGCGCACGAUGUUCCUUGCGUAGUGGCGAGGCGGAAGGCGUCAAGUUCGAGGCUCGAACAAGGGGGGAAGUUGAUGAGUCGAGAUAUCUUCAUCCGCAGCACAUUGUAACAAUUGCGCCGAAUGGAAGAACCCCUUUAAAGACCGAAGCAAUCACCGUCUGGAUCCAGGCGAAUAGAGGGAUGGCGUUAACCGUUUGAGAAAGUUCCAUUACGGGUCAAAAUGGCAGCGCUCUCCAGCCAGUCCCCUUCGACCACGAAUGUCGAGGGCGUGACAACGCCAGUUUUCGGGUUGUCACAAGGCUCUUAGUCGAAAUACGAUAUCAAAACCUGAG